AUGCCCGAGGAGCCACCCUUUCGAGCCCCAGCCGCGUCGCUUCACACCAAUCGCUUCACCGCUGGUGCGACACAGCGCUCCAUCACGGCGAUUGGAGUACGCUCGCUCCUGGUGGGCUCCUCUUCGCCCGCUUCUACUGUGCCGAUAAUUCAUCAGCGUGUGCAGAGCGCACAAGAGCCGCGUAUACGCAGUGGGGUCGCCUCUGCCAUGCACACGCCGCGUGCUCUAUCUGCGCGCAGCAGCAGGGGAUGCUCAUUUGCCUAUGCGUCACAGGUACCGAAAAAGCACAACACCAUGAACAUCCUUGUACUAGGUGCCCCUCAGGUGGGCAAGUCCCUUUUGAUCAACUCGUAUCGGGCUGCCAUCACAAACACGACGCGGUGGCCGGCUGCCCCUGUAGGCAUCUCUGGCUUCUACGGCACCACCACGGUGGAACCGUUCCCAAAUCAUCCGCAGGACCCGGCGUGGCUCUGCAUCGAUACACCGGGCAGCCUCUACACCGAGAAGGAUGGGAUUCUUCUGCAAAAGCUGACCGAAGGAAUGCCCUGGAAAACAAAAUUGCGUGGCCCCAAUGCUCUCACUCUCAGCCAAAUCAACGAUAUCCCCCCUAUUCCUGCCAAUAAAGCACAUCAGUGCAUUAUCGUCGUACCUGCUACAGCCCUCAUCGAGGACAAUGGAUGGGUCAACACUCUGCUUUGGCGCAAUCGAUACCGCUCUGCUGAUGGCGCCCCCGACACAGUUUUCUACCUCAAGAGCCUCACCUCAUCACUGCGUGCGCUUAUGAAUGAUGCAUCUCCAUUUUUUGUUGUGACCAAAAUGGACAAAUUUGGCGGGGCAGGGAGCAGGGCUGCGUGCGCCGCUCUCAUCUCCAUUCUCAGUCAGUGCGUGCCAGUGAAUCGCGUCUACUUCACGGCAGCUGUCGAGAAUCGAGCGCUCUUCGCCACAGACCGUACUAUAGUGCUAGAGAGAAGCACCAAACGAAAUCUUGUCCGGCUGCACGAGGACAUCUGCCUCGCUGUGCAGUGGCACAAUCGAGUGGACGCCAUGUCGCACAGCGAUGCAAACGAAACGGAACGGAUUGCCGGAGGAUCACACUCGACGUCAUUGCACUAG